UACGACUUUUAUAUACACUCUCUCCUCUCUCUCUCUCUCCCAAAGAUUCCGUGUUACAGAUUCAUUUUCAUAAUUUACAAAUCAGAACUCAUAAAUCUUUUCACAAAACUCUCUCUAUCUCUAUGGAUCGUAACCAGCAACCCGAAUCCACAACCCGACCCGGAAACACGGUGGUCCUCUCCAUAGACUGUCUAAAAGGAAGCUCCAAAAGCGAAGAAUGGAGCGGCGACAUGCUUCAAACCGGAGACAUAGUGGAAGAGAUCCGGAUCGGGUCAGGACCCGGUUCGGCUAUAUUCAAAGCUCCGUUUAAAGGAGGCAAAGCUUGGCUCCAGAAGGUUCUUCACAAUUCUUUCAGGAAUAAAGAAACUUCCAUUGUUGUAAGAGUUCGUCGUGGCUCAGACGAUUUCUCCGAUCUGUCUGCUUGUCUUGUUCCUAAUGAAUCCGCCGGAAAGAAACAGUACAUGCUUAGAUCCAUUGAUGACCCGAAUUAUACCGUUGGGUUCUCGGAUCGUACUGAGUCGGAUUGUCUCGGUUUGCAAGAGUCAAGAGGAUCAAGAAUGGUGGAAGCAUUGGUGAGAGCAAAGCUUCAAGAUGGUUACGUUUCAUAUCCAUGGGAGAGACGAAUGCAAGAAUCUUUACCAAUCUCUGGUUCUAGCAAUUUCCUCUCCAUUCUUUUUCUUCCUAAAGCUUCUGCUUAUGGAAGGUCAGGGUCUCGGUACAAUGACUUGGAAGACACACUUGCUCGUGCUAAUGCUUGGUUAAGUUGUUCACAAGCUAAUGGUGUUCCUAUUGUCUUUAUGAAUAUUCAGACUGAGUCUUUGCUCACUAAGAUAUCGGGAGAAACAGCAUCGGCGACGGUUAAUACGACGUCGCUUUCGGAUUUGUCGAAUCUUGCAAACGCAAGUCUCUAUGGGUUUGAGGAUUAUCAUGGAGUUGAUAUUGGUGUGGUGAGAGCGGUUAGGCUUUGGUUUGCUCCUCUUGGUGUUGAGUUCCCACUCGAAAUCAUACUCAAAGAUGACGAUACCAAACUUGGCUUCUCCAUUAGCCGCACUGAAGAGGGUUUCAUAUAUGUUUCAUCAGUAACAGACCACGAAGACGAGAAUGCACCAGCUGCAAGAUCCGGGCUAAGCUCAUUAUACAGAGAAGCAGCCAAGACAUCACGUCGUCUAGUGGUUUCUCGUGUAGGUAACCAAAAAGUAUUGCCAUGGAUGGUCUCAUCCACAGGAGCAAUUCGCUGCUACGACACAGUUUCACUCAGCCAGAAACUGUCACUACACCGUCACGCUAAAGUCCCAAUAGGCCUUCACGUCUUCCUCUGGGACUCCUCUGCCACCGCGGAUUGCUCCUCGCCUCCUAGGAGUAGCAGCGGUGGGACUCACUUGUUGUUUAGUAGCGAAAUGCUCGACUCCACUGAGUUUCCGCGGCUUAGCGAGGUCUUACCACCGCGACAAGUCGGUGACAGACAGGUGAUGCCGUUGUCGGAUGAAGAUGUGUUUAGGUUUGAACGCGAAAAUGCUGGCAAUGCUUCGUUUAAGUUCCAAGAAAUCCCUUUCACAAACGAGUCUUUGUGAUGACUGAUGAUGAUGUCUCUAUGUUUGCUGUCCUGAUGUUAUAUUUGAAGUUGGGAUGAUAUGUUUUUGAUACGUGUGCAUGUAAAUAAUUGGAAUAACUCAAGGAAAGAUUGAACUAAGGUUAGUUUCUGUAUGUAUAUCUUCAACUACACAACAUACUUUAACCA